AUCGUGCCCUCGUCCUGUCCACAUGCCAGGCUGUUCUCUGUGGCUCGUCCCGCCAGAGGGCUCUGCAAUCAGCACCACCCUCUCAACCCUGAUUUCCGAGAUCCUCCCCAAGCACUUCCCUGACGCUUCCCCGCCCACCUUUGUUCCUCACGUGACCCUUACCUCGGACAUAGCCCCUUCGGUCUUCUCGCCCGCCCUCGACGAAUCCCAGCAGAAAUCGGAUGCACAGGCUUGGAUCGAUCAAUUGCCCAACAUACCCAAGGGCGGAGAUGUGGUCGUCAAGUUCCAAGCUUUAGACGUCGGCGAGGCUUUCGUGAAGAAGCUGACGCUGCGCGUCGAGAAGGGUGGAGUGAAAGAGCUGGCUUUCAGGGCCAGGAUGUAUGGCGUGGAGAAGGGAGGAGCCCCGCAUAAUGCGGAGGAGUGGGUCAAGAACUCUUACGGACCACACAACAGUCUCGUCUACGGAGAUAUGCCAAUCUCAGAUGAGAAGAAAUCUGAGCUCCAGAAGCUUGUUGAAGAGGCUGGAAUCAGCAUCAACGGAUCUGGUAACCUAGGUGGAUGGAAGGGUGGCGACGUCUGGCUCGUUCCCACGUUCAAAAACUUCGCUGACUGGCAGCCAUGGGCGAAGAGGGCUCUCUAGGUGCCACCUGAACCGGAACAACCGGCGAAUUAUUAUUGUCUUAGAGUGAUAAAUUAGCGUUAAAUCAAUACCUAAGGGCGUCUCUCUUUCAAGGCUGUUCUCUCUCACUCAUGUUCAGUGCUAGUUUGCC